AGGGCUUAACAUAUGAUAAUUGUGUUAUCGACAGUAUGGACGACUCCUCCAGAACCAAAGGAGCAAUUACCUUGGUUUUAAUACUCCAAAAUACAUUGUUUAUAAUUCUUACGUAGCUAAAUGGAAUGACAGCGGAGUAAAUCUCACUUCAGGGAAACUACAUUUGGAGCUGUCCUUGUGUACAGGCUGAGCUGUCACUGGAAUCUUUCAACUCAGAUGGGUCAGGCACUAUGGAGGCUGCCACCCAGACAACAGCAGCAGCUUCAGGAAGAACUUGCCGGCCGACUUGCUGACAGUGGAGGAGUAAGACGAGAGCAAGUUAGGGAUGGGCAGCCACUGAGAAGAGUUCCCCAGCAAUGUUAUGGCCCUGACAUAUACCAUUUGCUGAAAACUCGCAGAGGAGGUAAAGCGCAACAUGGUUUUAUAGAUUUGGAGAUGCUCCCACCAGAAUUAGGCAUAACCAUACUGUCGUACCUGAAUGCUACUGAUCUGUGUCUGGCCGGGUGUGUGUGGCAGGACCUAGGAAAUGAUGAAUAUCUCUGGCAGGGGCUCUGUAAGUCCACAUGGGGUCACUGCUCCAUCUACAACAGAAGGCUGCCUGCUGGUUUCUCAUAUAGAAGACUGUAUCUACAACUAGAUGAAGGCAGCCUUACAUUCAACGCAAACCCACAGGAGGGUAUCAGUUACUUCAUGUCUAAAGGCAUACUCGUGGAUCACCCUACAGAGCUGGCUAAGUUCAUCUUCUACACCCGACGGCUCAACUGGAAGAUGCUGAGGAUUUAUCUGGAUGAAAGGCGUGACGUUUUGGAUGAGCUCGUGACCCUUCAUAACUUCAGCAAUCAGUUCCUUCCCAACGCUCUGAGGGAUUUCUUCAGACACAUUCAUGCGCCUGAGGAGAGAGGAGAGUAUCUGGAAACGCUCAUCACCAAAUUUAGCCACCGGUUUUGUAUCUGCAACCCCGGUCUUGUUCGUGAUCUGGGUCUGAGCCCUGACGCCGUGUACGUGCUGUGCUACAGUCUGAUCCUGCUGUCCAUCGAUCUAACCAGUCCUCACGUCAAAAACAAAAUGUCAAAGAGGGAGUUCAUAAGGAACACUCGCCGGGCGGCACAUAACGUAUCGGAUGACUUUGUGGGCCAUCUUUACGACAACAUUUACCUGAUCGGCCACGUGGCGGCGUAGCUCCACUCAGCAGCUGUCUGGUAAAAAAAAUCCUCACACUGCACCCAAGAGUAUGAACCAAUGACUGGGUUCCUCCGCAUCUCUGGAAUGUUUGAAGAAAACACAUGCCUUCAAGUCCUUCGAGGAGCAUACGAACAAAUGACUUUAUUAGAUCAUUUACCGCUGCACUGUGGGAGAGACGAUGCUACCAAAAUGAUUUAUGUAAUAUUUGAAAUGUUUCAACUAAGCUAAGGCAGAGGAGGAUGGUUUAAAUUCAAACCAUAACGACACGCUCUGGCACUGCACUGAUGCCCAAGUACUACUAAAGAGGUGGAAGGACAAAUCCUCACAACCUUUUCCUAAUGACCGUUCAGAAUCACUAACAGAACAUUUACGUUCAAGCAGAAUGUCAAAGCAUCAGCGACCAUUUUAGGAUCUCUUCUCAAGGCUGUUGAACUAGGAUAGGACUUAGGGUAGUCCGUGUACAGCUUGUAUCACAUUAUGGAUUUACUAUCCUCUGAAAUAACUCAACACACAGCCACAGGUGUUAUUUAGAGUUGGUACCUAACCCUGCCUUAACCUCUUGGGCAUGGAAUGACCACUGGUCAUUACUAAAAUCAUUCUCCACGGGGGCAAUAUACUAAUAUACUUUAUGCAGUACUAUAUAGAGUGGGGAAACAGGUAUUUGAUCCUGUAUACCAACCACCAAGCAUUCUGACCCCCGCAGACCAAUUGUGUGUCCUUGGAACACACAAAUUAUGAAAGUAGUCCUAAUCUCAACCCUCUGUGCUUAACACGAUAAAUAAGGAAUAAUUCCGCUGGUAAUCAGUGUUAAAAAUAACGUUCAGAAUAUAAAACAUUCUCAUGCAUCUUAAUCCAUCAAUCCUUUUUCUUCCGCACCUGUUCAUUAAUGGUAAGAAGUAGAGAUGUCCGAUAAUAUCGGCUCGCCCAUACUAUCGGUUGAUAAAUGAGUUAAAAUGUAAUACCGGAAAUUAUCAGUAUUGUUUUUUUUAUUAUUGGUUAUUAUUAUCGUUUUUUGUUUGUUUGUUUUUUUAUUAAAUCAACAUAAAAAACACAAGAUACACUUACAAUUAGUGCACCAACCCAAAAAACCUUCCUCCCCCAUUUACACUCAUUCACACAAAAGGGUUGUUUCUUUCUGUUAUUAAUAUUCUGGUUCCUACAUUAUAUGUCAAUAUAUAUCAAUACAGUCUGCAAGGGAUACAGUCCGUAAGCACACAUGAUUGUGCGUGCUGCUGGUCCACUAAUAGUACUAACAUUUAACAGUUAAUUUGACUAAUUUUCAUUAAUUACUAGUUUCAAUGUACGGUAACUGUUUUUAUAUUGUUUUACUUUCUUUUUUAUUCAAGAAAAUGUUUUUAAUUUAUUUAUCUUAUUUUAUUUUACUAAUUUUUUUUAAAAGUACCUUAUCUUCACCAUACCUGGUUGUCCAAAUUAGGCAUAAUAAUGUGUUAAUUCCACGACUGUAUAUAUCGGUUGAUAUCGGUAUCGGUUUAUCGGUAAUUAAAGAGUUGGACAAUAUCGGAUAUCGGCAAAAAGCCAUUAUCGGACAUCCCUAGUAAGAAGUAUUUUAUUUAUUAUUGGUUAGCUUCAAUGUUAUUAAAAAGAAUAAGAGACUUAUUAUACUCUAAAAAUGUUAGUCUUACUUAAAAAUGCACACAUUUAGUUGUAUUCAGUGUUAAAAAAUAUUAUAUUGGCUCUCGGAAAUACAUUUUAAAAUAUUUGGCUUUCAUGGCUCUCUCAGCCAAAAAGGUUCCUGACCCCUGCUUUGUAUGGACAAAAAUAGUCAAAAAUAAAGUUUUUUCCACUCAACCUCUCUCCCACCAUGGGCAAGACUAAAGAACUGUCAAAUAACUGAAUGGAAUAUAUUACAAACCUGCUCAAGACUGGAAUUGACUGCAAAACCAUCCGGAGGAAGCUGGUUGAGCAAAAGGGUUUGGGAAGUUAGACACCUGGAAGAUUCAGAGUAGGCUCGGGAGAAUGUGAUGUGGUCACAUGACACCAAAAUGGAGCUUGUAAACAAGGGGACUCAAAAGUGUUUGGAGGCAGAGAAAUGCUGAAUAUGAACCAGUGACAUGGAGGUGGAUACAUUUGCUUUGGGGAUGUUUCUUUGGCCCAAAUCCCUCCUGAGAUGUUUGCAACCCUGCUGACCAACUGCAAGAAACAUCUGACAAAAAUAUCAGCACUUGAUCAAAUAUUACUUUUUUCUACUUUUUCCCCGUGAAGAACUGUAGCUCUCAGCACUCAUGCCUCCACCACAAUUAUCUGAUUAUAGGCAAGACAAAAUGAUCGUUGUACUUACUAGACAAGGACACAAGCUGUACAUUGACUACUCUAAAAUGAUUCCUGUUCAAUUUGUUAGUAUAGUUCCUAGAGAAGAUAUACAGUGAUACAAAUACACUCUUUUGUGAGUAAGCAUGGCUUGAACUUCUCUUCCCACUGAGUGGUUUAUAAAAGAUAGCUUUUGUCUCAAAUUUAAACUGUAAUAUAGUUAAUUACUUUAAUCAAGCUGGAGUGUAACAAUCGGAUGAAACCCAACAAGAUACAUUUAUAUUAAUGACUAUCAACUGAAAAGCUAUUUAUAUAACACACAUUGGAGCUAGUUAAAGCUGCUAGUUGAAUACUUUGGAUGCAUUAUUGUGACACAGUUCACGAGGAAAAAGUGAACACUAAAUUGUACAAUUUGGUGAUGGAUGUUAAUCUGCUUCAUCGAGAAGACGUCAGUUGUUUGAAAUCCCAGUGGUUAUAAAUGCUCUUUUUGACUAUAACAAAGAACAACAUUGCUGCCUUAAUCCGGUUCAAAUGUAGUUCAGUUUCAUGGCAAAUGUUUGCCAUGAACUGGCAAAGUCAAGGAGACUUAAAUAUUUCACCAUUUUUACAAUGCAGUGUGUCAUUUUUUGUUCAAUACGGAAGGAAAUGGCCUCUUUAUUAAGGCAACACUACAUUGCAUAGCAGCAGCAAUAUACUUAGUUUAUGUGGUUUACAUAAUAUAUUAAUUGUUUGAAACCCAAACUCUUAACUGAGGAUCUUUCUUUAAAUGGUUGGUUUGGAAGGCCAUAGAUUAGAAAUGGACUUCUUAAUAACUAAGAGAGGUGGAACAAACUAGUCAACUGUAGCUUCUGUUCAUGUAAAUCAAAGGUGUCCAAAGUUUUGCAUAUAUAAAAAUGCCAUUAAAUUCGCCAUUUUGUUAUUCAAACGAGGUGCAUGUCAGCUUUGUGUUUAUAACAUUUCCACUUUUCCUCUUGAUAUUACACCUUUUUAUUCACCCCCAAUUGUUGAGCGGAUUUUUUUUCAGUCGUAAAAAAACAAGCUGCAGGCAACACUUUGGACACCCCUGAUGUAGGGCAAUUAUUACGAGGCUACUAGUGAAUUAUCAAGAAACACACUUGAUGUUGUUCCAAAGUUGUUUAACAUUUUUUUUUGAAUGUCGUUAUAUAUAUUUUUAGCUGCUGUCAUAACACUAAACGUUGCUUUUUGAAAUGUAAAUACUAUUAGUUUUGUCCCUUUCUCACACCGAUGAAGGAUAGGUUAAAUAAAUUAUGAACACAAGUUUUGGAAAGUUUCUUUGGUGUUUUGAAUGCUUUGUAAGUACACUUUGUAACACUUAUAAAACCGUUAACUUAUUCAAACAUUGCA